UAAUUUCGCACUUUGGAAAUGAACAAUCCAGGCGUAGGGCACACACGUUAAUUUGACGCAGCCAGAUCCAUCUCAUCUGAUCAGUCUUCCCUCUUCCUCCGCUCUAUCUCCGCCGCCUAUCGUUGCUCGGUUGAUUGGGUUAGCUGUUCACCUUUUUUUAACGAUGGCUGAUGAUGAGCCUGUAGAUCCUAAAAAGGAACUCGAAGAUCGGUGCAAGGCUCCAUGCACACGGCCACUAAAAGAAUAUCAGGCAUGUGCUAAAAGAAUUCAAGGUGAUGAAUCGGGGCAUAAGCACUGCACGGGACAAUACUUUGACUAUUGGCGCUGUGUUGACAAAUGUGUUGCGACUAAGCUAUUUACACAUCUUAAAUAACAGAAGAAUACCCACAUUGGCAUUCAUCCUGAUUAUCCUCUUUUGUCUCAAAAGGACCCGGCACUUCAAUUUUAUUGUGUUCUUGUUGUGAACAGAUAUUCUCUCCAAGGCAAGUCCUUGGCCACAUGGAGUUUUGAGUUUCGGAGAAAUAAGAAUUUCGGAAUUGGGACAAAUAUGCUUUUGCAAGUUGAAUUUGUGGUUGCAGUUGCUUGUUAUCAAAUAAUUCAGCUAAUUUUCUACUGAA